UUCGGUGUGUGGGAUGGCCCAACUUGCUAUACUAAAAAGAGACCAAAGCAGAAUAAAUCCGGAGCAGCUCAUACAGCAAGAAAAAAAAAACAUGAAAAACCCAAUGUAUGAAAUAGCAUCCCUGUUACUGGAAAAGUUACUUCUGCUUUCCAACUUUAAAAUUCUGCAAACAGGUUCCAUGGAAGAGGAGGAGGAGAAGAAGAAAAAACAUGUAUGUUGUUAUGACUCUUCCUAUUUCAGACCAGGAGAUUUGCUAGAAGUGCCCCGCACUCUCUUCAUUCAUUUUGGCAUUUAUUUGGGAGAUAACCAAGUAGCACAUCUUAUGCCAGACAUUCUGCCUGCUUUCACUAAUGAUGGGAAGUUGAUCCAGAAAGUAGUGACUAAUAAGAGACUUAUAUUGGGGGUCAUCACAAAAAUGGCAAGGAUCCGUGUGGACACAGUGGAGGAUUUUGCUUAUGGAGGCUCCAUCCUGGUGAACAGUAUGGAUACAUUUUUCAAAAAUUGUAUCCUUUGUAAUGAUAAAGUGGUCCACAGAGCAAAAAGGCUGGUGGGCACAACAGAAUACAGUUUACUCUGGAACAACUGUGAACAUUUUGUGACGUUUUGCAGAUAUGGCUCUCCAGUCAGCUUCCAGACAACCAAGUUCUGUGAAACCAUGAAGAUGAUCAUUCGAGACCAGAGAAGCAUACUUGUUUCGGCACUGCUGGGAUUGAUUUCUAUACUUUAUUUGGGUCUGGGACUUUCUACUACUCUUCCUACUAUCAUCAUUCCAUUUAUGCUGUGGAUGGCUGGUUAAUGAAUCCACCUGCUUUACCAUUUAUUGGCUACUAGAUGACCCAUGGCCCAUUGAGUACUCUUUUCAGAGAU